UUAUUAGAUUGUUAUUUUUGAAUCUUUUUCAGAUAUAGAACAUGUCUUUUGACGAGAAUAAGGAUGUUGGUUUCAAGAAGCCGAUAGACCCGCAUUUUGGAACGAAGGCCUGUCACGUGGGCCAAGAACCUGACCAAUGGGGAUACAUGGAUGCUGUGCCACCCAUAUGCAUGUCGUCAACCUUCAAGCAACUAGAACCGGCUGUUACGAAAUUCGAGUACGGCCGAGGUGGCAACCCCAGCCGUCAAUGCCUUGAACAAUGUCUAGCCAGCCUGGAGGGCGCAAAAUACGGCAUGUGCUUCGCAACGGGACUCGGCGCCCUAACUUGCAUUACUAGCCUCAUCGGUACAGGAGACCAUGUGCUGUGUGUUGAUGACCUCUACGGUGGCACUAACAGGUAUUUCCGUAAUAUUGCGGCGAAAAACGGCAUUGAAUCUACAUUUCUUAACGCUGAUGAUCCUGUAAAGUUUGUAGCAGCUAUGAAACCUAACACCAAGAUUAUCUGGUUAGAAAGCCCUACAAACCCUACCCUGAAAAUCUGGGACAUCGAGAAAAUUAGUGAACUAGCCAAGAAAAAAUCGAAAGACAUCAUUGUUGUAGUCGAUAACACGUUGACUCCCUAUUUCCAGAAACCAUUGGAAUUGGGAGCUGAUAUUGUAAUGUAUUCUGCCACCAAAUAUUUGAACGGACAUUCUGAUGUUAUCAUGGGAGCAGCUACCUUGAACGAUGAUAAAAUCUACGAGCAACUACGCUUCAAUCUAAAUACAAACGGUAUAGUCCCGUCUCCAUUCGACUGCUACCUGGUAAACCGUAGUUUAAAAACGCUCAACAUCCGUAUGGAGCAGCAUAUGAAGAACGGUCUGGCGGUUGGAAGAUUCCUGGAGUCCCAUCCUGAUGUCGAGAAGGUCCUUCAUCCUGGAUUACCUUCCUAUCCAAAACAUGAGCUAGCUCUACGCCAAAUGUCAGGGUAUGGAGGGAUGGUCUCAUUCUAUCAUAAAUAUGGUCUACAAGAGAGCAAAACAUUCCUGAAGAAGCUCAAAGUAUUCACAUUGGCCGAAAGUUUGGGAGGUCAUAAGAGUUUGGCCGAGUUACCGUGCAUUAUGACCCACGCCUCAGUACCUCCAGAUCACAGAGCUCUGAUAGGUAUCACGGAUAAUUUCAUCAGGUUAUCAGUUGGUCUGGAAUCCAGCCCUGAUCUACUCAAUGAUCUGGACCAAGCUCUGAGAUCUAUGCGGAAAUAACUUAAUUAGAAAAUAAAUGUCAUCAGAGAUAUACGAUCUUAUUAUUGAGUUUUACUAA